AUGUACUAAAAAAUACCGAAGCAUAUGUUGAUAAAUCGAGACGGGUAAUUAACUUAUCUAUAAGACAACUGAACACACAGGAAACGCAGAUACUUGAAAACGGUUUGAAUUAUGCCAUUACACCUAAACGUAUUCCCGUUCCGAAAAUAAUUGCCAGCAUUGAACCAGGCAUUUACCAUUUAAGUGAAGAAAGCAAAGCCACUAUACGAGCAUCUGUCGUUAAUACUUUAAAAAAUACUAAGGCGUUAAGCACAACUAACAUUUCUAAACAACAGAGUCAUGCUUUAAGAAAUUUGAAGAAAGACAAAGAUAUUACUAUUGUUCCAGCUGACAAAGGGAGAGCGAUUGUUGUAAUGAAUACUGAUGAUUACGAUAGGAAAAUUUCUGAUUUAUUACUUGAUAAAAAGACUUACUUAAGAAUUACAGAUAGACGUAGAAACCAUACCAGCAAAGUUGAACAAGAUCUUAACAAACUUCUACGAGAUAUGAAGUCGGAAAGGUUGCAUAACGAUAACAAUUUACCACAGAUUAAUGAGAAACUUUAUGACCACUUACAUAGUUCAAGCGCAUCACCGCGGCAACGUUUUAUGGUUUAUCUAAGAUCCAUAAGCCAGACAUACCGCUUCGUCCGAUUACCAGCUCUAUUUCAUUUCCUACGUACAAUAUUUCAAAACACUUAG